GUGGACAUGCUGAGGCUGGGGCAGUCGUAUAUCGGCGGGCCGAGUGCGAAGUUGUAGGGUAUCACGUCUUAGUGUAAUUUAGGCCUGGGUUUGACUUGGUCGGGAUGGUUGUGUGGUGCCUUGGAAUCAGGGUUGGGGUUUGUGUAACCAGAUGCGCGGAAUACGACAUGCGAACUAGAAGUAAAAAAAACACCUUCUCGUGGGGGCGAACUGCUAUAAUCCCCGAACCCCUCAAAAAACGAAUAAUACUGGCAGCGUGCACACGGGGAGAGGGCAACGGGCCGUCAUUGAGGUUCCAUGACUUCGAUGAUCUGCACUAGGAUCAGGCUCCCAAGCAUCACCACCGCGCUCAGGAGAGGCGACCCGACGCGGUCUCGCCACA